ACCAAAUCUUGUUUCGAUCUAAAUGUGUUGUUUCGACACUAUCAUAAACUGGAUUUGUAUUUAUAUGCCCUAUAUCUGGGACACUGACUGGAAACGCCCACUUGGAAGAUGUGCUAAUCAUGUGUGCAGCAGAGAUAAACAAGAAAAAAAAAACACGCUAUUCUCAGGUAACCAAGUCAUAAUAUAAAUAAAUUUGGUUGACCCUCAGGACAAUGCGAACACAAAGUCAAAUCUUGAUCAUUUCUGCUCACUUGGGUUUUCUAGAAGAACGUAGAAUACAGCUAGAGAAACGAUUGGAUUACAUACAGACGGUAUUGCAGAAAUGUCACGUGUGGCUACAAGAUAGUGUGGACAACACAAUCACGUUUGAAGAAAUUAUGCUGAAAUGUUUGGAAAUUGCAAAAGAUGAACCUGGCGGAUGUAACCUAUAUAAUUAUGAACUAGAAGACAGUCAAGCGUUGAUCAAAGAAUCAACAAGACAGUACGUUAGCUCCUCCGACUUGAUUCCAGUUUUAAGGAACAUGUCAAGAAAUCUGAGCGAACAAAGCAGGAAAGUGGACAGUAUGUUCAAAUCUCAGACCGAAAACUUUGAGCAGUUCCAGCAGUAUAUGUACAACGUAAAUAGUAUGACGAGGUAUUUGCAAGAAGCAGCCAAUCAGCAACAGUCUCGUGAGUUAAACAUCGUCGACGAGAUGAGAGACAGAUUAAUCAUUUCUGAAACAAGAGCAUCUUCUGAACAACUGGCCAGCCAACCUGAAGGCUGUGGAAAAACUAUCACAGACAUUUCCUGUUCUGAGCCUUUUUCUUCUUCCGUUGAUUUGCCCAGAGAUGUCUCCUCGUGCUCACAGAGUGAUGAUUCGGAUAUUAAUUCCUUGCUGAAGGAGCAGUUUGUUUCAUUGAAUGACAAGUUAAGUAAGAUAACUCAACAAAUACAAGAUGUUUUAGAAAGAGAAAGGCCAUCACACGUCUGCAAGAAAUAUGUUGGAUUUACUGCCCUUGUUUCUAUAUUCGGCCCUCUAAUUACUCCUUUUUCUCAGUUCGAAAGUGACCUCAACGAUUAUGAAAGCACGACAGAUAUGCAAAUGGGCAAUUAUAAAAUACUGACAUGUUUCAACCAUAUCCAACACAAUGAAGGUGGACAUUAUGACCCUGAAACUGGGAUAUUUACUGCCCCGUGGGACGGUUUCUACUUGACCUGCCUCAACAUCAACAUUCACUCGCAGGGUCCGGUCUUUAUCGGCACAGUUGAGCGGACCAGCGGACACAUCACGGGCUUUAGAGAGCUCGACAGCGUUGUUAUAAAGCUGGGGAGUGGACAGAGCCUGAACAUUGUCAGACUGGACAGUGGUGACCAACUUUGCGUGUACAAGACGUACGACAAGUCAAGAAUCUGUGAUAGGUCCAGGUUUUCUUGUUUUAUGAUAGCCAGAGUCUAAAUAGAAAACACAAUUCUACAACAAAUACUUCAUUAUCCAUUGUAGCAAUACGCAAAGAGAAGCUCUUCAAUACGACAGACGCAGACUACAGAUUCCCGAUGGAAAACGGUGUUGCAUCAAUUAAAACAAAAUAUGUUGGUCACAAGAGGGUCUGAGAAGUCACACGAAAUGCUACAUUCAUCCUUAAUUUUCAAAUUCGAACAGUAUGUUUCAUUAUUAUUGUAGCACUAUAUGGAGAUGCAGAUCACAGCUGAUGUACUGCACUAUGUCAAAUGCAACACUAAUCCUUAAUUUAAUGACCGAAAGACAAGGCUUUAUUGUUAUUCAUAUUAUUAUUGUAAUAUAGUUCAUUGUAAUAUGAGCCACAAAUAGAUUAUAUAUAAACAUGGUCAUCUGAAUAACAGACUCAUUUA